AUGUGGGGAGGGUGUCCGGUUCUGGGGAUCACUAAUCUCGGUAAUUCCGGGGUUCGGUGCCCGGUUCGGGGAUCCCGAAUCCCGGGGGUCCCCAGGCAGUCGCGGUUCCCGCAGGUGGCGCCGGCGGUCCCGGCGGUCCCGGUCCCGGUCGCGGUCCCGGCGGUCCCGGUCGCGGUCCCUGCGGUCUCUGCGGUCCCAGUCCCGGUCCCCGCGGUCCCGGAGCCGGUCCCGGAGCCGGUGCCGGUGCCGGUGUCGGUACCGGAGCUCCGGGAGGCGCUGGCCAAGGAGCGGCGCGGGCGGGAGGCGCUGGAGCGGGAGCUCGGGAAACUGCGGGCGGCGGGACAGGGACUGGCCCGGCGCCUGCAGGAGGCCGAGAGCCGCAACCUGGAACUGGAAGCGAAACUGCGGCGGCUGCAGAGUGACCCCCCCGGGCCCGGCCCGCCCCCGCCGCCAGGAGGCGCGGAGCAGCCCCCCCCCACCGCGGCCCCCCCCGUGGAGCCCCCCCGGCUUUUCCGCUCCCCCCUGGGGCUGCCCCUGUCCCGGCACCUGCUGCUCUGGGCCCGGGUGCCACACCCCGGUGCCACCAAGGACUGUCUGCUGCUCUGCGCCGCCGGCCUGCGCCCCCCGCCCGCGCCCCCCGGGACCCCCCCUUAAUUCGGGACUGUCCCCAAAUUGUCCCCAGGUGUCCCCAAAUUGUCCCCAAAUUGUCCCCAAGGUGUCCCCCCACUUCGUUGCACUUAACCCCCCCCCCUUUCCCUGUACAGAGACCCCUCCCCAAAAUCACAAGACCCCUCCCCAAAAUCCCACCUGGGGGGGGGAGGGGGGGGGUCCCCAAAAUCCGAGCCCCUCCCCCCCCCCCAAAACCACUACACCCCCCCCCCGGGGGGGUCCCAACCGCGCGUGUCCCCCCAUCCCCCCACCCCAAAUCCCCCCAAAAAUAAUUUGGGGAGGGGUCUCCCCGGUGCCCCCAUGACCCUCCCCGAGGGGCAGCGGGACGCGACCCCCCCCAAAAAAGGGUGGGGGGGCCCCCCGAGCCCCCCCCGCCGUCCCCCAUUAGUAAUUUAUUCGUAGGGACGUUUGCACUAAAGACCCCUCCCCCUAUUUAUGCCCCCACCCCAAAAUCUGACCCCCCACCCCGGGGGGGGGGGGGAGGGGACGAGAAUAAAGUUGUGUUUCUGCCA